AACCGAUAGUCAACAAUUCACUAUACGCAAACUACUGACAAAUAAAGUUAAAGACUCAGACAUACUAACUAUAUAUACUAAAGCACUGGCAGACAAACCCAGAAAGACCUUCUACGCAUCAGCCGGAGAACCGCUUAAGCUAUACUUGGACUCCUCAAAUACAGCCGCGGGACUCAUACUUAGACAAGCUGAUAACACACUACUGACCGCAUCGAUACCGCUACCAGCAGUACAUAACUAUGCUAACUCGAAUGAAGCCCAAGGCGCUUAUAUGUUAACCAAGAAGUACCUUAAUCAAAUCAAAGACUACACCAAAACCGCUAAGACAGACCUACAAGUCUUUACGGAUAAUGCUUUACUAGCCAAGGCUCUAACGAGCCCUUUAAAAAUAGACCCUAUAACCGAAACCAUAUACUAUGCACGCAAGUUAAGAAUACU